AUGGAUGACAGCAAGUUUCUCGAGGCCUCGGCCAAACACCCCAUCGUCGAGAACCACGUCUACAAAUAUGGCACUGCGGGCUUCCGCAUGAAGGCCGACCUGCUGCCCGGCGUCUCGUUCCGCGUCGGCCUCAUUGCCGGGCUGCGCAGCCGCAAGCUCAACGGCCAGGCAAUUGGCGUCAUGAUCACCGCCAGCCACAACCCGGCCGCCGACAAUGGCGUCAAGAUUGUCGACCCCAUGGGCGAGAUGCUGGAGCAGGACUGGGAGUCGCACGCCACGCUGCUGGUCAAUGCGCCCACGCACGAGGAGCUGCUCGAGACGUACAAGAACCUGGCCUCGCAGCUCAAGAUCGACCUGAGCUCGCCCGGCCGCGUCGUCUACGGUCGUGACACCCGCCCCUCGGGCCACAGCCUUGCCGCUGCCCUGGCCGACGCCCUCGAGGCCACCAACACCGAGUACACCGACUUCAAGAUCCUCACCACGCCCCAGCUGCACUACCUGACCCGCUGCGUCAACACCGAGGGCACCCCCAAGGCCUACGGCGAGGUCAGCGAGGCCGGCUACUACAACAAGCUGUCAGAGGCCUUUGUCCGCGCGCUGCGGGGCAGACAGGUCCAGGGCCAGCUGGUUGUCGACUGUGCCAACGGCGUGGGGGGCCCCAAGCUCUCCGAGCUCCUCAAGAUCAUUCCCAAGGACAAGACUGGCUUCAACGUCAAGGUUGCCAACGACGAUGUGCUGCGCCCCGAGGUCCUCAACCUUGAUUGUGGUGCCGACUUUGUCAAGACGAAGCAGCGAGCUCCCCCGAACGUCAAGCCCGCCGCCGACACCCGAUACUGCUCCCUCGAUGGCGACGCAGACCGUCUGAUCUACUACAUGGCCGACCCCGAGGCCGGCUUCUUUAUGCUUGACGGAGACCGCAUCUCGUCCCUCAACGCUUCCUUCAUCGGCGACCUUGUCCGCUCUGCUGGCCUGGAGGAUGACAUUCGGAUUGGAGUCGUCCAGACCGCCUACGCCAACGGCGCCAGCACUACAUACAUUGAGAAGAACCUGCAGCUCCCUGUAGUCUUCACCCCUACUGGUGUCAAGCACCUGCACCAUGCGGCCUGCCAGUUUGAUAUCGGUGUCUACUUCGAGGCCAACGGCCACGGAACCGUUGUCUUCUCCCAGGAGGCUCUUCGUGUCUUCCGAGAGAAGCAGCCCCAGUCACCGGCCCAGAAGGAUGCUCUUGAGACGCUGGCUGCUGUCGGCGAUCUGAUCAACCAGACCGUCGGCGAUGCCAUCUCAGACAUGCUCAUGGUGGAGGUCAUUCUUGCCCACAAGGGAUGGUCCCUUCAGGACUGGGCCACUACAUACACUGACUUGCCCAACCGCCUUGUCCGCGUCGAGGUCGCCAACAAGGACAUCUUCGAGGCCACCGACGCUGAGCGACGCCUCAGCCACCCUCCUGGUGCCCAGGACGAGAUCGACCAGUGCGUUAGGAAAUACACUACGGCUCGCUCCUUUGCCCGUGCCAGUGGCACUGAAAAUGCCUGCCGUGUGUAUGCCGAGGCUGCUACUCGACACGAGGCUGAUGAGCUGGCCAACAAGGUGGCCAACAUCAUCAAGCAGUUUGGCUCAUAG